CUCAGCCUCCACCAGGACAGUUCAAGCCACAGAAGAGGGUGCCGACUGCAGGCCUCACAACCAGCCUGCCAAUGCCUGCCUGGGGGGCCCUGUUGCUGCUCUGGGCUGCCGCAGAGGCCACCAAGGACUGCCCGGCGGAGUGCACCUGCCAGGCCCUGGAAACCAUGGGGCUGUCGGUGGACUGCAGGGGGCGGGGGCUCACGGCCCUGCCCACCCUGCCCACCCAGACCCGCCACCUCCUGCUGGCCAAUAACAGCCUUAGCUCCGUGCCUCCGGGUGCCUUCGACUACCUGCCCCAGCUACAGGUCCUCGACGUGACGCAGAACCCCUGGCACUGCGACUGCAGUCUCACCUACCUGCGUCUCUGGCUGGAGGACCGCACGCCCGAGGCCCUGCUGCACGUCCGCUGCGCCAGCCCCAAGCUCGCCACGGCCCACCCCUUGGGCCAGCUCACGGGGUAUGAGCUGGGCAGCUGCGGCUGGCACCUGCAGGCAUCCUGGGCCUACCCGGGCUUCUGGUGGGAUGUGGCGCUGGUGGUCGUGGCCACGCUGGGCCUGGCUCUCCUGGCUGGCCUGCUGUGCACCGCCACAGAGACCCUGGACUGAGCCCAGGACCCUAGGGUCACUCCCCCCAGCCUGAGCCCCCAGUAACCCAAAAUAAACUGCUCAACCAUUGUAUCCAAGCUCAGAAAAAUUGUGUUUCCUCUUGGUACCCAAGUCUGGCUCCUCCUGGAAACCUGGGUCCGUUUUGUUAUAACCUGAUAUCAACUGGGGCUUCUCUGUCCCCCAGGUUCCUAGUAAAAUGGGCUGUUCCACCUCCCCCAUGCCAGCCACCCCCCAUUCCACCAUCUGUGGACAUCCCGAGCCCUUCUUCGGUGCCUGACAGGUCCCAGGACUCCGGUCCGCACGCUCUCCUCUGUCCCAGCGCCCACAUGGAACACUCUGGAGGGCCCAGGCGAAUUUCACAUCAACACGUGGCUCCCGUCCAAAUUCUGCAGAAAGCUGGCUCUCACGACACAGCAGUGAGCAAGCGGGAGGCGCAGAAGACCCCGGGCAGGUGGGAGGAGUUUCCAUCUCUGUGACAGACAUACCUUGAAAGGCACACCACCGUUUACAAAACAGCCUUUUGUGUCCUGGCCACGAAGACACCUGCUUUUCCAGCCCCAUCCUUUCUCAUCUUCUCCUGCAGGGCUUCUCUCCUUUCCUCCUCUCUCUAUCCCUCUUUCUUCAGAAACAAAAGUGGGGCUCCUGGGUGGCUCAGUCGGCUCAGCGCCCAAC